AUGUGUCGCGUCUGCGAGCGACUCUCUUACGACCCCCCACUCCCGGACGUUCCUUCGGAGAAUGAAGACGACAACGAUUAUGUAUAUCGACCUUACGACGUACCGGUGAGAUCGAUACGUAAACAGCUUAUCCCGAUUCAAAUAGUAGUAGAACCGGCGCCAAGUCAUGACGGAACUCCGAUUUUCGCCGCAUGGGAGAAACCGAGAAUCGCUCAGCGAGGCGACUGGGACUAUCCAUCCCCCCGGCCAAAGCCACCUUUUGGUAUGGCGGUCUACGAUAUCACCCCAACAGCAACCCCAACCCGGGCCGCAAAGAUGGCGCACGCUCUCUCGCGUCUCACCAGGAAUCGCAAUACCGAAUGGGGCGGGGACAGGAUAGAGGUCGUUUGCUUCCCUCUUCCAUCACAUCUUACCUGCCAAGAGCGUGCAAAGGCCUGCAUUAGCCAUCACGGACACGAAGUCCGGAACCGUGCUGUAAUAGACAACAUUGAUGACGCCAAGUUCUGGUUUCUUCCCGAGGACUUUAUCAACGAGUGGUAUUCCCGCGGACUUAUCCUAAUCGACCGGCUGGAGGACACCUGGGAAGACGCUUUCGAUUGUGACGAAAGGGUGAUCCAAUACGAAGAUGAGAACACCCGAAGUCCCUUUGGCAGUUUUGCAACAGUCUAUUGGCUGCCGCGCGAAGCGACCUGGGAAUACUAUGAAGAAGAGUUUCGUCCCGAGGAUCGAGUGAACAUGCAAAAGUAUGGGUUGGAGAGCAUCGGUAGGAUGCUGGGACGUGAAGGGAUUGGCAAUAGUAUCAGGGGCUUCUACGAACACUUCACGUCCGAUGGAGUUCUGGACCGAGAAUUGGCUGUCGCCAGGACCAGAAGAGUUGAUGCAAGACAGAAUUCUUCGAAAAAGAAACUGGCAAGAUUUAUGAACCAGACUUGCCCCAGGGACUAG